AUGGCUGCCACCGAUAGCUUUACCGGGGCGUCUUUCCAUGAGUUAGAUCCAUUGGCUCCAGAUGAUCUACCGGAAACCCUAGGGAAAGAUCUCUCAUUCCUUCUCCGACACAACAUCUUCCAUACGCUCUCUCACCUUGAUAUUCCUCCGCCACUACGCUCCGAAUUUCUCAUUCUACACCCAGGUGAACCUCUAUCAUCUGCUUUGGGUACACUUGAAAAGUUAUUAACCGAGGGUCGAUUCCUCGUUGCCGCACAUUUUUCGGCUUCUAUCUUGACGUCAUCUUUAAUAUCUCCCACAGAUAUCAAAAUCAUCUUCUCAUUGUUUUAUACGCGCCUCGCCUGCCUAGAGCUGUCGGGCAAUACUGUUCUCGCGGCACAGGAAUCAAAAGCUUUGGAAGAUUUGAGCUCUGCAUUUUAUUACCUUGAUGUUGGGAUACCUGGGGCUGAGAACGAACAUGACCCUGAGCAUGAACCUACCAAUGCAACUGAACCUCGUCAUAUCGUUCCAUGGCCACUUCGCGUUUUGGCAGUGAGACUUCAAAGCAUUGGCUUUGGUGAUUCCCGCCGGAGCAUCGGAGGGUUGUACGAGAUUGGACUUGAGGCGCGCAGGGAGAUCAUGAGAAGUGGAGCUAGUGAAACCGAGCGGAAUGUAUGGAGGCAGAGAUUGGCUGAUUUAGGGAUCAGGAGCAUCAAUGCACUUGUAGAGAUGGGCGAUUUUGACGCGGCCAGACGAUCACUUGGGAACCUCCAGGUAUCUGGGCCCGAAACCGGGAUUGAAACCGGGACUACAAAACUGAGAAAAGCACUUCUUCUUUUGCGAAUUGGUGACCUGGAUGCUGCGGGACAGGUAUUCGGUGAUGCAAAUGAUGCAAAAGAGGCUGCUCUAUUAAAACCUCUUAUCAGCAUGUCAGAUGGUCGAUAUUCUGAUGCAGUAACACAGUGGCGCGUCCUUGGAGAGGACAGGACAAGGACGGAUGGGGCUCUGGUUGCCCAGAAUCUAGCGGUGUGUCUGCUGUACACAGGACAACUGGAUCAAGUAUUUAUCUCCCGCGCAUUAGUACCUACACAUAUAGGUAUAGCUUUUCAGUCGGCCCAGCUAACCUCUUACCAGGCCCGCAAGCUUCUUGAAGCUCAAGUCUCCGCCAACCAUUCAUUUGGUAGUUUGAUUUUUAAUCUUUCGACAGUCUACGAGCUUUGUUCUGACAGCGCGGGCUAUUUGAAGGGGCAAUUGGCUGAGACGAUCUCAAAACAACCUGUCACUGGGCAGACUAAUUUAGAUCGACCUAACUCAGAUCUGAAGCUUUAA